UCUUAUAGGCCCGGAUGGACGAAGAGACGAAGAGGCGGGAGGAGAUCGAGGCGAGGCUGGAGGAGGAGCGGACGCUAAGGCAGGAGCAAGAGUGCAGGUGGCAGGAAGAGCGGAUGCAGGAGCGGCAGAGGAUGGAGCAGGCGCUUCUUGCUGAGCGACAUGCCGCGCAACAACAGAUGCAGACCAUGUUCUCAUACCUCCAAGGCCUUGGCGCGACAAUAAACUAUCAACCGCCGCUAACGAUGCCCUGGCCUCCACCACCGCUGCCACCGCUAGGCCUUCCUUCUAUCUUUCCUCCAUCUGGCGCUACAGGCACUCCUAAUCAAUCGAUUGGGGGGUCAGAUGAGCCUCCGGACGAGCAUUCACUGGCACCGGCAGCGUCGCAGUGGCCACCUAGCUGAUAUAGAGUUGUUUAUGAUAUUUGUUCUACAGACUUGUUGUUGUUGGACUAGACUUGUUUAAUUAGUUGGACUUGUGCUUGUUGAACGUUACACUUAUGGCAUCGAUGUUGGACUUAUGCUAUUUGUGAUAUUCGUGCGACGUAGCAUGAGAUAUUUGUGUUAUUAUGUGAUAUUUGUGAUGGAUGUGCCUUAUAUAUACUAUAUUGCUUGUCUGGAAUGUAUA